GCAGGUUAUACUUUCUCCGUGUUCUUGUUAUUAUGAUGUGAAAAAAAAAACUACAACUUUUUUGACUGAAUAUUCCGCGCCGGAAUUAUUGUACAAGCUAACUGAGAGCAGUCCAUCAAAGUGGCGCACAGGUGGUUAGCCGUCAGCCAUGGAUACCACAACCUCCCUGAAGAUGACCUCUCUGGCCAUCCAGAGUCUGUUCAGCUACGUGGAGGAGGAAAACCUGGCCGCCAUCAAAGCACACUUGGACAAGUUCAAGGAUGUGGACAGCAGGAGCGAUAAUGGACAGACUCCCCUGAUGGUGGCAGCAGAGCAGGGCAACCUGGAGAUAGUACAAGAGCUCAUAAGGAGAGGAGCCAAUGUUGAUUUGGAUGAUGUCGACUGCUGGACUGCACUGAUCUGUGCAGCUAAGGAAGGACACAUUGAAGUGGUGAAAGAACUUCUGGAGAACAAUGCCAACUUGGAGCACAGAGACAUGGGAGGAUGGACCGCUCUCAUGUGGGGAGCCUACAAAGGUCGAACAGAAGUGGCUCAGCUGCUUUUAGAAAGAGGAGCUAACCCUAACAUCACUGGACAGUACAGCGUCUACCCCGUUAUCUGGGCUGCCGGCCGAGGUCAUGCACAGAUUGUUCAUCUUCUGCUGCAGCACGGAGCCAAGGUCAACUGCUCAGACAAGUAUGGUACAACUCCUUUGAUUUGGGCGUCCAGGAAGGGUCACUACGACAGCGUAAUGCACCUUCUAGCCAAUGGAGCCGAUGUGGACCAGGAAGGAGCAAAUUCAAUGACAGCUCUAAUUGUGGCAGUGAAAGGUGGCUUCACAGAGGUAGUCAAGGAACUGCUGAAGAGGAACCCAAAUGUUAACAUGACGGACAAGGAUGGCAACACAGCCCUCGCCAUCGCUGCCAAGGAGGGACACACAGAGAUUGUGCAGGACUUGCUCGAUGCUGGCACUUAUGUCAAUAUUCCGGACAGGAGCGGGGAGACAAUGCUGAUUGGAGCAGUGAGAGGAGGUCAUGUGGAGAUAGUUCGAGCUCUGCUGAACAAAUACGCUGAUGUUGAUGUCCGGGGCCAGGAUGGAAAGACUGCCCUCUACUGGGCAGUGGAGAAAGGUAAUGCCACCAUGGUACGAGACAUCCUGCAGUGUAACCCUGAUACGGAGAGCUGCACUAAGGAAGGAGAUACCCCACUUAUCAAAGCAACAAAAAUGAGGAAUAUAGAGAUAGUGGAACUGCUGCUGGACAAAGGAGCCAAAGUGUCUGCAUUGGACAGGAAAGGAGACACACCCCUCCAUAUUGCCAUCCGUGGACGAAGCCGUAAAUUGGCCGAGUUGCUGCUGAGAAACCCUAAAGAUGGUCGUCUGUUGUACCGGCCCAACAAAACUGGAGAAACCCCGUACAACAUUGACUGCACUCACCAGAAAAGCAUCCUGACACAGAUAUUUGGAGCCAAACACCUGUCCCCCACUGAGUCAGAUGGAGACAUGUUGGGUUACGACCUGUACAGCAGUGCUCUGGCAGACAUCCUCAGUGAACCCACCAUGCAGCCUCCUAUCUGUGUUGGCCUGUACGCUCAGUGGGGUAGCGGCAAGUCGUUUCUUCUUAAGAAACUGGAAGAUGAGAUGAAGACGUUUGCAGGCCAGCAGAUAGAGCCACUGUUCCAGUUUUCCUGGCUGGUGGUUCUCCUCACUCUGCUUCUCUGUGGCUCAGUGGCCGUUAUCCUCGGCUUUACUGUGGACCCUAAACUGGCGAUUGCUGUCUCUCUCAGCCUCCUCGCUCUGCUCUACAUCUUUUUUGUGUUGGUGUACUUUGGCAGCCGACGCGAGAGGGAGAGCUGGAACUGGGCGUGGGUCAUCAGUACCCGUCUAGCUCGCCAGAUUGGCUACCUGGAGCUGCUGCUAAAACUGAUGUUUGUGAACCCUCUUGAACUUCCUGAACAGACCACCCGUGCCCUACCUGUGAGGUUUUUGUUCACGGAUUACAACCGCCUGUCCAGUGUUGGAGGGGAGACCUCUUUGGCGGAAAUGAUUGCAACACUGUCAGAUGCAUGUGAGAGGGAGUUUGGCUUCCUGGCCACCAGGCUGUUCAGGGUUUUCAUGAAUGAUGAGAUCAAAGGCCAAAAAUGGAAGAAAACAUGUUGCGUUCCUUCUUUUGUGUUGUUUGCCUUGACACUGGCCUGCCUGAUCGCCGGUAUGGCACUGUUGGCUAUCUUCAAGGUGGACCCUGACAAUCUGACUGUGAAUGCAGUGUUGAUUGCCAUGGCCUGCGUGGUGGGCCUAGCUUUAUUGUUCAACUGCAAGACUUGGUGGCAGGUGGCUGACUCUGUCCUCAAUUCCCAGAGGAAGCGCCUGCACAGUGCUGCCAACAACUUGCAUAAACUCAAGAGUGAAGGAUUUAUGAAGGUUCUGAAGCAUGAAGUUGAGAUGAUGUCUAAAAUGGCCAAAACUAUCGAUGGCUUCACCCAGAACCAGACACGCAUGGCUGUCAUCAUUGAUGGGCUGGAUGCUUGUGAGCAGGAUAAAGUGCUGCAAAUGCUGGACACGGUGAGGGUCCUCUUCUCCAAGGGGCCUUUCAUCUCCAUCUUUGCCAGUGACCCCCAUAUUAUCAUCAAAGCUAUCAACCAAAACCUCAACAGUGUUUUGAGAGACUCGAACAUUAAUGGCCAUGACUACAUGAGAAACAUUGUCCACCUGCCAGUAUUCCUUAACAGCAGGGGACUCAGUACAGCAAAGAAGCUUUGCAUGGAUGCUAACACUUACGGAGAGACAAUGGCCGAGGGAAUGCAUGAAGACAUGGACCGGAAGGUUUCUCAGAACAGCCUGGCCCAGGACCAGAGCAAGUUUGGCAGCAAGAACGCUCUAAAUCGAAGGGACACGUACCGCCGUCGUCAGAUGCAGAGGACCAUCACCAGACAAAUGUCCUUUGACCUGACCAAGCUGCUGCUGACUGAGGACUGGUUCUGUGACAUCAGCCCUCAGACAAUGAGGAGGCUCCUCAACAUUGUUUCUAUCACAGGUCGUCUGUUACGAGCCAAUCAGAUAAUCUUCAACUGGGAUCGUCUAGCGUCGUGGAUAUAUCUGACGGAGGAGUGGCCCUACAGGACGUCAUGGAUCAUCCUUUUCUUGGAAGAGGCUGAUGGAGUGUCCGACCAGGUCACACUCAAGACCAUCUAUGAGAGAAUCUCCAAAAAUAUCCCUACCACCAAGGACGUUGAGCCCCUGCUAGAGAUCGAUGGAGACAUCCGAAGCUUUGAGAUCUUCCUCUCCUCGAGGACCCCCGUUCUUACCGCCAGAGACGUGGAGAUGUUCCUGCCAUGCACCGUCAACUUGGACCCCAAGCUCAGGGAGAUCAUAGCAGACGUGCGUGCGGCCAGGGAGCAGAUGCACAUCGGAGGAGUGACCUAUCCCACGCUGCCCCUGCAAGAAGCGGUACCGCGUCACCAUCCAGGAUACGGCCAGCACUCAGCCGCCUGUUCCCCAGCGGGCUCCUUCCCCGGGUCUCUACCUCCUCCUCAGCCCCACAGCUCCUACUUCAGUGGAAUGACGGGCCCUCAGCACCCCUUCUACAACCGGCCUUAUUUCCCCCAUCACGUGUAUCACCUGCCACGACAUUACUCCCACCAUGCCCCCUCAUCCUUGCGCCCCCCCAUCAAACAACCCGGUCAACCCCAGGACACCAGUGGACUUGAUGUUAUUGCAGAGGAUGCCAGAGAAGGCCUCCCCUCAAGCCCCUCUGACCUCACUAUGGCCGGUCCUGCCGCCCUGCUCAGCUCUUUGAGCACCGAUGCCGUGUGUGAGCGGCUCAAACAGAUAGAUGGAAUCGACCCCAGCAUGUUGCCUCAGUACACGGCUACCAUCAAAAAGGCUAAUAUAAAUGGCCGAGUGCUUCUUCACUGCAACUUAGACGAGUUGAAGAAAGAGAUGGAGAUGAACUUUGGUGACUGGCAGCUCUUUAGAGGCGUGGUGAUGGAACAGCGACACGCUGAAAGCCAGGCAGCGCUCCAGGAUGAGUCCCGAGCUGCCAGCGAGCAAGGCAGCAGCGUAGUCCAAGGGGAGCCCGCCAGACGAUCAGGGGGAGCCCAGCACGAAGGAGCGGCCUACAACCUCCACCUCAGCUUUGAGGAGCUGAGCGGAGUGGGCCUGGAGGAUCCUCCCAGACACAGCAACAACUCACACUGGCCGGUGGCAAAUCUUCGCACUUCAAGCAUGUCCAGCCUCAACUCACAGGAAUCCUCUAAUGACAUCUGCAAGCUGACAGACAAGCAGCAGGCUGAGUACCGUGAUGCCUACAGGGAGUACAUAGCUCAGAUGGCUCAGGUGGAGAUGUCCGGCAGCGGGGGGGAGAGGCCGGUGCAGCCCCACCCUGGACAGUUCCUGCAGGCUGCCGGCUCAGAGGACAGAGGGGCCAAGGAAGGAACCGACCAAGACGGCCGCAAGUCCUUCACCAAGAGAGGCUCCAAGAGUAGCGACGCCACAGAUUUUCCCACAGGGGCAGACGCUCAGCUCCUCGACCCCAUCAGUGAAGAGGACGAGAAGCUAGACCACAGUUUCUCCUCCAAGACCUCCUCCAAGAAGAAGGGAGCUGGGUCGUACUACCACAAGCUGCCCAACGAAGAAGACUCUGGUCCAGAGGAGUCUGACACCACCACACCUCUCCUCGGGAAAGAGGAAACUGGUGCUUCACACGGAAACACAAAGCCUUCAGGGGUAAUGACCAAGCCUGCUGUCCUCGCUGGUUUGGUCAAGAAGGACUCGUGUGAUUCAGGGAUGCGCUCCAGUGGCAGCUCCUCCGAACCCUCCCUGGAGGAGGCCGAAGGAAACGCCGACAAAGAGAGAGAAGCACUGAAGUCCAGUCUCAUUGAGCUUGAGCUAGAAGGGUUAGUAAAGAAGAGAGGCCUUCUCCCCAGCAGCCUGAGCGGCCUGCAGGACGCCACCGUGGCCCGCAUGUCCAUCUGCUCCGAGGCUGCGUCCGAAGCCAGCCUGAUGGCCAGCAGCCCGGAUGAGGGGUGGCCACUCAACGCGGUUAGCAACCUCAACCGCUCGGACAGCAACGCCACCCUCAAUAACAACACGAGCAGCCCCAGCGACACCAACACCAACGCCAACAACAGCCAUCAGCAGCAGGAUAACACCACGGGGACGGAGUCCAUCCCCUCCGUCAUCAUCAGCCCCGGCAGCAGCCCUACCAGCACCACCACCGCAACUAUCCACCACAACCAGAACCUCUGCAGCAUCAGCCUGGGAGACGAGAGAGAGAGCGUCCUCUAGUCCCGGAGUGCUUGUCUCUGAGCUGGGUCUUGUAAAGGCUGCUGGUGACGUGUGUAGUGAAAUCAAACUGCUGAUGGAAAGACGUGUUCCAAAGAAGUUGAAUAGAUAAUGUUUCGUGAUGUUAGUGAAUGUAGGAGGUAUUGAUAAAAGUCAAAUGUAGUGCAUCCAGAAGAUUUAAAUGUUUGAUAAAAGACGAUCCCGUUCCGUUCAGAAAAAAAAAACGAAAAUCAUAUUUGGAUUUUGAUUUCAAGAAA